AUGGAGACACCCCGUUCUCGACACUGGCACCAGUUCGACCUUGUCAUCACCAGGCGUCCAGACCUAAGGAGCGUUCUUCACACUCGGAGCUUCCACAGCGCAGACUGCGACACGGACCACUCCCUAGUAGGCAGCAAAAUGAGACUGACAGCCAAGAAAAUACACCGCCCCAAAACCAAGGGCCUCCCUCGCAUUAACACCUGUCGCUCUAAUGACCCUCCCUUACUGCGUUCGGGAAGAAGGAUCGUCGAAAUACGGACUGGUACGAAGCUCAUUGGGAUGAGAUGCAGCCAGCCUCUGAAGCCAAGAGACAAGCUUCUGGCCUACAAGCAAAACCCUAGCGACAGUACCCGCGAUGCCCUCAGAGCUGCUCGCAGCAAGGCCCAACAGACUGCACGUAGCUGCGCCAACGACUACUGGCUGAACCUGUGCAGCAGGAUCCAGACGGCUGCCGACAGUGUAAACGCAAGAGGCAUGUACACCGCCAUGAAAACCGUAAUCGGCCCCACUCCCAUCAAGACGUCCCCGCUGAAGUCCAGGACAGGAGAGGUCAUUACAGACCAGGGCAAGCAGCUGGAGCGUUGGGUGGGGUACUACUGUCUCCCAGUCAUAGGGGAGUUGGAUGCCCCGCCCUCUGCAGAAAAACUCGGAAAAGCCAUCGACUGUCUCUCCUGCGGAAGGGGCCCUGGGAGGGACGGGAUCCCAUCGGAGGUUCUGAAGAGUGGCAAGCCAGCUCUGUUGCUGCAUCUCCACGAGCUCCUUGUGUGUAUUUAUGUAUGCGCACACGUGUGCCCGCCUGUUUCUAUCUAUCUAUCUAUCUAUCUAUCUAUCUAUCUAUCUAUCUAUCUAUCGCGGUCUGUUCGUAUCUAUCUUUGUGUUACGAAUUUGCAUGUUCACCUGAUGUUGGUUUCUUUAAACGACAUUUUGUUUGGCUCUCGUUCUCUCUCCCCUCCUCCUUCCCUACACCUGCGUCUGAGGCGAGAGGAACAAAAUGUCUUCACAAAUCUCCAGCAUCUUCUUAUUCACAUCUUCAAUUCUUUCUUAAGACGAGGUUUCUUUUAG